GAAGGAAAAUUUUCUUUAUUGGACAUCUGAGAAUAAAGAGAUUGAUGAAUUAAUUCGCCAUACUCAACUUAAUGCCUCUCAAACUUGCGAUUAUUUGGAGUGGAUCCCGUUCGAGAAAUUUGAAAUGGUAAAAUACAUUGGUAGUGGUGGAUUUGGUAGUGUCUAUUCAGCACUUUGGAUGGAAGGACCAAGAUGGAAUUGGGAUGAUGGUGCGCAAGAGUGGGCUCGAGCUGGCCCUAUGACUGUUGCUUUGAAACGUCUUGAUAAUUCACAGAAAAUUUCGAGCUCUUUCAUCAAUCAGAUUAAAACGUAUCACAAAUGCUUGCAAUCGGCAUCGUUGGCUGAGACAUUUGGAAUUACAAAGGAUCCAACAUCUAAUUAUAUGAUAGUUAUGAAGUAUUACGAAAAUGGUAACUUAUAUCAAUAUCUAGACCGUUCUAAUGGAAUUCUUUCCUGGAGAGAUAUGAUUGAUAUGUUGUGGGGAAUAGCUGGAGGUCUUGAAAGAAUCCAUGCUGAAGGUAAAGUUCAUAAGAAUCUUCACGGAGGAAAUUUACUUAUUGAGGACGAAAAAAUUUCAACUGACGCACGUAUUGGAGAUGUGGGCCUUUAUGGACCAAGCUAUAAUAUUGAAAAUAUUAAAAAUGAAAAUCCCAAUCAAAUUUAUGGGGUUUUGCCAUACGUUGCACCGGAAGUUUUACGUGGUAAGAAUUACAGUACAGCUUCCGACAUAUUUUCAUUUGGUAUUAUCAUGAAUACUCUUGCAACUGGGCAAAGACCUUGGUAUAAUAGAGCACACGACUAUAAUUUGGCAAAUGAUAUAUGUAACGGUUUAAGACCUGCAAUCCCAGAUGAUACACCAAAAUUUUAUGCAGAUUUAAUGGAACAAUGUUGGGAUGAUGAACCAGAAAACCGUCCGACAGCAUCAUAUUUAAAUGAAAAAUUAGGCGAAUGGAUUACUUUAAUUUGCGACGAUCCGAGUCCUUCUCAAAUUUCAGAUGAAAGUUCUGUUGCUGAAGAGAAAAGGUGGAAGAUGAUUUCACAAUUGUCUAAAAAAUAUAGUCAUCCAGAGAAGCAUCCCGAUGCAUACUAUACAAGUAGGCCUCUGUGGUUUCAUGGAUUGUCAAGUAAUAUGACGAGAUGUACAUUAGACUGUGUAAGUUGCGCUAUUUUUUUUUUCCCCAUCUUUCGACCGUAUAUCACUAUCAAAGCUAAAACUCGGAAUUUAUACCGAAAAAAUCGGAUAGAAAUUUAUGAAUAUUUUAAGCACUUUAACUAAGUUUAUAAAAUUAUGCUAAUUUUAUUAUGUACCAAAUUACAAUUAUAUGAUUAUCUUAUUCAAUUGAUUAUUUUUAUUUUAUCUUAUUUUGAUGAUUAUGACAUUAGUUAUCAAAUUAUAGUUUUUACAAAUUGUUUAUGUGAUAUGUGAUUAGAUAUCAGAUAUAUUAUUAUUAUUAUUAUUUAAAAUUAUGAUACUUUUGAUUUUUAUUAAGUUUAACUUACUAAUUUUGUCUGUAUUUUUUAUUUAUUUUUUUUUUUUAAAAAAAAAAAUAGUUGAUGUUAAUUACUAUAUACUG